GUAGCCGCAGCUAGCAGUUGGUUGUUUUUUAAUAUUCCGACUGAAUAUUUCAGUAAAAAUGUCUCCAGUUCAGCAUCUGAGAGAGUUUAUCAGAGAGCGACUAACUGCUGCUGCUGAAGAAAUCUUCACAGAAGUUGAAAAAACCAUCAUCCGCUACGAGGAAGAAAACAGACUGAUGGAAAACUACAGGAAAUCCCAAAUAAAACAAAAUCCAAACGAACUCCAGAGGCAAUAUGUCUCCAACAAAGAGGGAGCUUUGGCCAUCCAACAGCUCUGUAACCAGAGAAGGAGAUCCUGUCAUGACCAGGGUGAAGUGCUACUUCAGUGGACUGAAGAGGAUCAGAGGGAACCAGAAAAUUCAUCUCCUAUUAAAAAGCUGAGGGAAGCAGGGCCUCCAUGGAUUAAAGAGGAACAAGAAAGACCAGCAUCUCCAUUGAUCAAAGAAGAAAAUGAUGAACCUGCGUCUAAAUGGGCCACUGAGGAAUAUAAGGAACCAGAUUUGCAACUGAUUGAGGAGCAGAAUGAAUCGGGACCUACAUGGGCUGAAGAGGAACCCAAAUCUUCAGUAGUUGAACUAAAGGAGGAAAUUGAUUCUUCACUGCCUAGACAUGAACAGUGGCUACCAGAACAUUUACCUUCUAGACAGGACCAGGGUGACCUGCUCAGCAUUCAGGAGGAAAAGCAGCUAGUCCAGAAGCAGUCCAUAACUUUGAUGGAAACAUUUACUCUUCAGAACCUGGAUCUGAGUGAAAGAGAACCAACAACUGAGCAGCUUUCGUUUCAUAUCUCUCCUAGAUUUGAGACCAAAGAUCAGGAAGGAAGCAGCUCUAUUGUGUCAGAAAGUCAGUCUCAAAUUGACACAAAAAAAAAGUCCUUCGAAUGUGACAUUUGUGGGAGAUCCUUCAUGAAUAAGUCUACAAUGAAACGCCAUUACAGAACCCAUACAGGUGAGAGGCCUUUUCCCUGUAAGACCUGUGAAAAAAGUUUCUCUAGACUUCAUAAUCUAAAGACUCACAUGAGGACCCACACAGGAGAGAGACCUUUACAAUGUAAGACAUGUGGAAAAGGUUUCUCUUGGAUCAGUAGUCUAAAAUAUCACAUCAAAACCCACACAGGCGAAAAACCUUUUCCAUGUAAAAUAUGCAGAAAAAGUUUCUCUCAAAUUUGUAAUUUAAAUAAUCACAUCAGAACCCACACAGGGGAAAGGCCCUUCUGUUGUGAGAUAUGUGGAAAAAGUUUCUCUAGACUUUAUACUUUAAAUGUUCACAUCAAAAGCCACACAAGUGAGAAAGUUUGACAUUUAAGACAUUUAAAAAAAGGUUUUCUUGUGUUAGUAGUUUAUGGAGCACAUGAGAACACUCACAGAUUAGAAACGUUUUACUUGUAAAAGAUCGCCUGUGUGGGUUCUAAAAGAUGUGGAAAAGGCUAUAAUCUGAUGAGUCGUUUAAAUGACCACAUCAGAACCCACACAGAUGAGAAACCUUUUCCAUGUAAGACGAGACCUUUGUUUAAUAUGUGGAAAAAGCUUUAUUGACAGUCAUUGAAUUUUGACAUAAAACAGAAGCACACUAAUGAUCAGUCCUCAUUAAAUCAGAUUUAAAGAUUGAAAAUUAAAGUUAAACUGUUUCACUUUUUUGUCUUUUCAAAGAAGAGGCCUCCCAGCAUGGCUUUGAGCAGACAUAAGCCUCUUUACCACUAAAAAUAGUGGGUUAACGUGUUUUUCUGUUGAACUUGUGUUUUUGUAAUUUUUUAUUUUAUUAUUACAAGUGAUCAAUAAUAAUAUUAAAAAUGUUAAGUUUAUACUGUUUUUUCCUAUUCCACCUCUUAUAACUUUUAAUACUUAGGUAACUUUGCUUGUAUUGCAUGCAUUGCCUGUUACUUUAAUUCUAUAAAUUUACCCAUUGUGAGAUAAAUAAAGGAUUAGCUAAUGUUAGCCCAAUUAGAUAACAUGUUUUAAUGGCAUAAAUUUACUGGUUUCUUUCAAGGUCUUAAUUACACUUUGAGUGGGCUCCAGUAACA